AUGAAGCUGGACGAGCUCAAGCCUCUCGAGGCCCUCCUCACUGCGGACUUCCGCCAGAUCGAGCCCCGCCUGCAGGCCCUCGACAAGCACCUUAUCCUGCGCACCUACCUCGACGGCUACACCCUCGGCGACAUCGACACCAAGAUCUGGCUCGCCCUCCGUGGCAACCGCGCCGCCGUCUCGUUCAUCAAGCGCGGCUCGCUCGCCAACCUCGCCAGAUGGUUCAACUACAUCGAGGAGAACCACCCCGAGAUCCAGGCCGAGGUCAAGGCCAAGGACGCUGCCGCUAAGGCCAAGGUCGCCGCCGCCUCCAAGGCCGGUGCCAGCUAUGCCCUCGCCCUCCAGAACGCCGACCAGGGCGUCGUCACCCGUUUCCUUCCCGAGCCCUCGGGUUACCUUCACAUCGGACACGCCAAGGCUGCCCUCCUUUCCGACUACUUUGCUCACCAGGCUUACAAGGGCCAGCUGCGCCUCCGUCUCGACGACACCAACCCUUCCAAGGAGAAGCAGGAGUACCAGGAUGCCAUCAUCGAGGAUCUCGCCCUCAUGGGCAUCAAGCCCGACGCCGUCACCUACACUUCCGACUACUUCGACUACCUCUACGAGAUGUGCGUGCGCAUGAUCAAGGAGGGCCACGCCUACGCCGAUGAUACCGACCAGGAGACCAUGCGCGACCAGCGCUGGAAGGGCAUUGCCUCUGCCCGCCGCGACCGCUCCAUCGAGGAGAACAUGCGCAUCUUCAUCGAGGAGAUGAAGAACGGUACCGAGGAGGGUCUCAAGAACUGCAUCCGCGCCAAGCUUUCCGUCGACAACCCGAACAAGGCUCUUCGCGACCCCGUCAUCUACCGCUGCAACAUCGAGACCCCCCAUCACCGUACCGGCACCAAGUGGAAGAUGUACCCCAUGUACGAUUUCGCCUGCCCCGUCGUCGACAGCCACGAGGGCGUCACCCACGCUCUCCGCUCCACCGAGUACACCGACCGCAACCCCCAGUACCAGUGGUUCAUUGAUACCCUCAAGCUCCGCCAGGUCUACAUGUGGGAUUUCGCCCGCAUGAACUUCAUCCGCACCUUCCUCUCCAAGCGCAAGCUCGCUAAGCUCGUCGAUACCGGCAAGGUCUGGGGCUGGGACGAUCCUCGCAUGCCCACCAUCCGUGGUGUCCGCAGGCGCGGUAUGACCAUCCCCGCCCUCCGCGACUUCAUCCUCAAGCAGGGCCCUUCUCGCAACGUCGUCACCAUGGACUGGACCAACUUCUGGGCUUCCAACAAGAAGGAGAUCGACCCCAUUGCUCCCCGCCACACCGCCAUCACCAAGAAGGACGCCGUCAAGGAGAAGCCCAAGCACCCCAAGAACAAGGAGGUCGGCACCAAGCAGGUCACCUUCGCCAACGAGCUCAUCAUGGACCAGGCCGACGCCAAGUCCUUCAAGGAGGGCGAGGAGAUCACCAUCAUGGGCUGGGGCAACGGCUUCGUCCGCAACAUCGACUCCUCCGCCGAGGUCAUCCCCACUUUCGAGAUCGACCUCAACCUCGCCGGCGACGUCAAGUCCACCGAGAAGAAGGUCACCUGGCUCGCGUCCAAGGGCCAGACCCUGGUCCCUGCCGAGCUCUGGGACUUUGACUACCUCAUCACCAAGGACGUGCUCCAGGAGGAGGACAACAUGGAGGACUUCCUCAACCCCGUCACCGAGACCAUGGAGGAGGCCUGGUGCGACGAGGCGUCGGCCACCCUCAAGAAGGACGACAUCAUCCAGCUCGAGAGACGCGGUUAUUACCGUGUCGACAAGGGUCUCGGCGACUGGAAGGAGGGCGAGGAGAAGAAGCUUGUGCUGUUCUGCAUCCCUACUGGCAAGACUGGUUCCAAGUAA